AAUUUGUUUUUGGAUUCUUUUUCUCGUCGACGCCGUCCAUAAACCCCCGACGUAUCGCCGCCGCAAAUUUCGGCCGAGUGCUCUCAUCAUUGAUAUCUCUUUAGUUAGAUAGUUCUGGGAAUUCACAACAAUGGAGUACGUAAACCCUGAAGGUCUUCGAUUAGAUGGUCGCCGAUUCAAUGAAAUGAGACAAAUCGUAGCUGAAAUUGGAGUGGUUUCUAAGGCUGACGGUUCUGCUGUUUUCGAGAUGGGUAAUACGAAAGUAAUUGCAGCUGUUUAUGGCCCUAGAGAGAUUCAAAACAAGAGCCAAAAAAAGAAUGAUCAUGCAUUGGUGCUGUGUGAGUAUAGUAUGGCUCAUUUUAGUACUGGUGAUCGUAGAAGACAGAAGAACGACAGGCGAUCAACAGAGCUAUCGCUUGUCAUCCGUCAAACAAUGGAAGCGUGCAUAUCAACGGAAUUGAUGCCUCAUUCUCAGAUUGACAUUUUCCUUCAGGUUCUACAAGCUGACGGAGGAACAAGAUCAGCUUGUAUCAAUGCUGCGACUCUAGCUCUAGCGGACGCUGGAAUUCCGAUGCGUGAUCUUGCUGUUUCCUGUAGCGCUGGAUACUUGAACAGUACUCCACUUCUUGACCUGAACUAUCUUGAAGACAGCGCUGGAGGAGCGGAUGUAACCGUCGGCAUUCUACCUAAAUUAGACAAAGUGACACUCCUUCAGAUGGACGCAAAGUUACCGAUGGAAACGUUUGAAACGGUGUUUGCGUUGGCUUCUGAAGGUUGUAAGGCGAUUGCAGAGAGAAUACGCGAGGUACUUCUUGAAAACACCAAACAGCUAGAGUAUCGUCGAGGAUCUGCAUAAACUUCAGAGCUAGAGAAAAAAAUCGAAAAUAUCCAAGAUUUUACUCAAUGAGCUGGUUAAAUUUUGCUGUUAAUGUUUGAAGUUUAACGAUCAGCAAUCAGGAUUUCUCCAAAACUUAAAGUUAGUAAUACAAAGUUAUGCUAUCCUU